AUGGUAAUUGCUAUUUUAAGGAUUGCUGCCAUCGUUCCGGAAUAUCCAGCUAUUCCGCAUUGCAAAUACGAACUUAUGAAGAUGUCGAUAUUAGAUAAUCCGUUCAACACUGAAUAUUUUGCUUGGCUGGAUGUUGGUCUCUUUCGAGAUUUGACCGACUACCCAUUUUACUAUUCAAUCCUCGGUAUCAACCAUUUUUUUCUUCGAAAUUUUUCAAUAAAUUUGUUGGAGGAUUUUAAAGAUUCAGAAGUAGGAUACACAGAAGUGUACGAACUGCAAAGGAACGUGGAUGCUUGCGAUGUUAUAGAGCAAAAUAUCGUCUGGGUGUGUGGUGCUUACUUCGUUGAGCAUUCAAAAGUUCUUUUAAAAUGGAUUGGUGAAUACAUGAAUGGAGUUGAAAUGAUGAUCAGAAAACACGAUUGUACAGGCACUGAUCAGCAAGUUAUCAAUUGGUUGUUCAGUAAUAAGAAGAAAUUGAACAUAACAACCAACAUUCAAACGUACACCAACGCUGGAGGAAGAAUCAGAGUCUGGUCUGUAAAGCACUACGGUCCCAAAUCAGCCUGGCUACAAGAAACCAGAAAGUCAACUUUAUCUCUUUCUUUUAAAAAAUGGUUAAGAUUUGGUUUUCGGAGUGAUUUCAAACCAAAUCUGAGGUUCUAG